AUGGUAGAAGAGUCAAAAUCUCCGAUACGCCAAACUCUUGACGAUCAGCUGAUCAGCGCAAUACAAAAAGGCUCAAUUGACGACAUAAAAAAAUUAAUUAACCAAGGUGUAGAUUUAAACCAUAAAGACCGAAAUGGCAGUACAGCCAUUUACAGUUGCAGCAACGAUGAGCAGCUAAAUAUCGCUCGUUUUUUGCUUUCUCAAGGCUCAGCCCUCAACAUCUCAAAUAUCAGAGGAAAUACUCCUCUCCACAUUGCAGUAGAACGAGGAAGCAAAGAAAUCAUUCUUUUAUUUAUGCUGAACAACGCAGAUCCUUCAGCUGUAAAUGCAAAUGGGCAAAAACCAGAAGAUUUAAAUCAAGAAAUGAAGCCUUUACUGUGAGCAAUAAACAAGGACAGAGAUUCUUAUAGGCUGCUUAAUGAAAACCAACGGAAAAGGCUAAAUCAAAUAUUUGACGACAUUGAUGGAGAUGGGACUGGGCAGCUUGAUAUUGCGAAAAGCACAAAAUUCAACAGGUUUUUAGAAGAUGACUUGCCAGAAGACGCAGCGAGGAAGGACGCGAGUGAUUUUAUUAGGGAUGUAAGCAUUUGUAAGCCUGGAAAAGUGAAUUUGGAUGAGUGGCUUUUUUCGUUUAGUAAAUUAGCUGCAGAGAUGGGGAGUGAAAGCAUUGAUCAGUUUAUAGAGGACUAUGAGAGAAGGAUAAAAGAAAAAGGGAAAUUCGCUGACUUUAGAGUCAGGGAUUAA